GCUAGCAUUCCUCCGAGCUGAUCCCUUUUUCUCUCCUGCUUCCGUCUAUCCAGGGGGUCGGGGGGUUAUUACCUAUUCGCCCGACCGGGCUUCCGGGUCAGCGGGGCUCCUUCCAGCAACAAGGGGUGGAAGGAGCGUUUCUUCUACGUAUGCCAUCCGGAGGGCUGGAGUUUUGGGCUCCGGUGGGCGGCGCGCGCCGUCGACAACACCGCCCCUGUCCUGGACAAGGAGGAGCACCAGGCCCUUCGAAGACUGAAGGAGAUUCUCUCGGCCUCCCGAGUCAUCCGAAAGAUGACCGAGGCAUGGCUGGUCGAGGCGGGUUUGAGCCCGGUGCCUCGAGAAAUGGUGAACCUUGUUGCUGUGCGCGAAGGGUGCUCUUCAUCAACCACAUCCCCGUGUCAUCCAGUUGGCUCGGGCAUCGGCACGAGGGAGGCGCCGGUGGAGCUCGAGGCCGGCCAUCCCCGGAAGAAGGCCAAGAUUACUGCCCAGAAGAAACCAAAUCCGCCAGGGGCUCGGGCAUGUGAAGUCGUUGUGGAGCCGGGCACACGCGACCGACGACGAGGACUUGGCUGGGGGGAGGCCGGGCCGAGCAACGAGGGGGCAGGGAAAGCGCCCAGGGAGCCCUCCAUUCGAGACUUGCGCCGCCUCCCUACGGGGGCGUCGAACGAGUCCUAUCAGGCGCGCUUGAUGGGCAAGCUUUCGAAGGGCCAACCCUCCGACCGAUUAGCGGCCCGUUGGGGGGGGUUGACCCGUGGGACCCGGGUAUGGGCCGACGGGGAAACUGCGGCUGCGUUCAUCCGAUGAGGGCUUCACCCUGAUAUGGCUCGCUCGUUGUAUACCAUGCCCUCGAAUGUCCUGCUAGUCAAAUCUGCGAAGUCAUUGCUGUGGGUUCACCUUUUCUCGCCAUUGGACCCCAACUUCCUGCCCGGGCGGCGUCGGUUCACCUUUUCUUUGUAGGGCCAACACUACACAAUGGUGUUGGCAGACCGCGUGCGUGACGCGGGUCGGACCCUCGGCAUUUUGUGCGACCGGAAUGCCGAGCUGCGCAAACAGCUCGACGAGGUCCGUGCGGGGGCGGCUCUGGAGGUGGUUGCAGCAGCCGAGCAAUGCUCCUCGGAGCUAGAGGCGGAAGUGACGCGCCUCAAGUCCGAGGCGACGGUGGCCGAUCAACGCACCUCGGCGCUGGAGGCAGAAGUCCUUCGCCUUAAAUCUGAGGUGAAGGCGGCUGAAGAGGAGAAGGAGGGGCUCCAAGGGCUCCUAAAGGUGACACGGACCGAGGCUCGUUUGGCUCGGAACAAGGUGGUCACCCUGACUGAAAAUCUGGAAGGGGCCCUGGCUGAGGCGAAGGGGGCUUCAGAGGCUCUAGCUGCUAAGCGGGAUCGGCGGCUAGAAAAAGAUAAGGAAAUAAUCGAGGGCUACAAACAGGCCUCGGGCUUCCAGCUUGGGCUGGUCCAGUCGGGGGAGGUAACUUACGAGUACGGGUACCAGAUUGCCCUAGGCCGAUUCAAAACGCGCUACCCCGAACUGGAAGUUGAGGUGGAUCCUUUUGCCUCGCACCCCGAGGACUUAGACGUAGAUAUGCCAGACGAGGUUCCCUUCGACGAUAGCGUCGGGGCUUCUAACGGCUAGGUUAGAAACUUGUAAUUCUCUAGGGGGUCGGUUUUGACCGUGUGAGUCAAGGUCGAGUUCUGUAAU